AAUUAUGUUCACAUAACACUUGAUGAGGGCGCUGUAAUUGCAACAUCAAAAUUUGAAGGCACAGAAAAAAGGAUAAUACGAAUUGCAAGCAAAUAUCAGUCAGGUAGAUUUGACGAUGACCGUUGGCAUACAGUAACUGUUGUCAGAACUAUUACUUUAAUGACAUUGAGUGUUGAUGGAAUAAACGAUGAAAUCCGACAAUAUGCACCAGAAAUAGACUGGCUGGUAAAUUCGUUUUCUUACUUUGGUGGCAUCGCGAAAGAAAAGCUUGUUCCUGGCAUUAAGGUUAAAAACUUCCGCGGAUGUCUAAAAAAUGUAACUUUUUCAAAUUUUAUUUAUUUAGCAAAAUUUACUAUUUCAGAGAUGACUACUGACGGAUCAAUUUUUGCAAAAUCAGUUUUCAAAUUGGAAUUUAUAAGAUAUGAAGCUGAUGCUUAUCUGAUCAACUUCAUAACUCUGGCUAAUCAAGCAUAUGGGAAAUCAGUAAUACGAUCAGCUGGAGACCUAUCUCUGUCUUGUCGAAAAGUAGCAGUAUCAGAAGAUACAUUGUCAUUUAAUAGUGGCAAACAUUUUAUUACAUUACCGAAAUGGAAUUCAAUGGCAAGUGGUAGUUUAAAUGAUAUGCUAAUUUCAGGCUUCCAGUUACGAACUCAGGAGCGUGACGGACUUAUACUUUUUCAUGGUUCAUUUCCAAGUGCAGUUACCGGUCAUGAUUAUAUUGCUUUUGAAUUGAUUGAUGGGCAUCUUUUUAUGAUUAUCAAUUUGGGGUCAGGCCAUAUAAGACUACAGACAACAGCGGAAAAAAUAACUGAUGGCAGUGCGUGGCACACUGUAACACUUGAACGUGUGGGUCGAACGGGUACUGUAACUGUGGAUAACAUCAAAACCGAUUUUUCAACACCUGGUGUAUCUGCUAAUUUUAUCGUUGAAGAACCGAUUUAUCUAGGAGCAGUGCCGUGGCCAGCAAAUGAAACACAUAGCGUAGAUUUUUACGUACCUCAUUCGAUAUGGUCAGCAAAUUUACGCAAAGGUUUUGUAGGUUGUUUAAAGAAUAUCCGAAUCAACGGAAUCAGCCCAAAUACUGCAAUUAUAUUUCAAGAACAGCAAAAGAGUCUUGAAAAUGGUAAGUUGGCAUGA